UAGCGCAAACCGGCACUUGUUAUGCUAGUAUCUCUGAAAAUCAAACAAUAGUAAUUACAUUACUUUAUUUAGUGAGGGAAACUAUUGUAAUUUAUUUGUACUUUUAGUUUUUCUUACCAAGUCCUUACCCAAGCGAAAGUUGCUUCUAUUCACCUUUAGCUUAGCUGCUACGUUGUUGACGCCUGGUUCAGUGAAGAGUUCGAAACUGACAUUUGAGAGAGCGAUAAUGGCGGAUCCCGCACGGAUCAAACCUGAGAGAAUAAUUGAAAGUGCAGCCGAUGAACAAGACGAGCAGUUUGCAGCUAACGUGCCUGAGGAUGUGAGGUUGCCAGGUCCGGAAAAGCCUAAAGUCGAACCGAAAGAGGAGCAGUCCUCUCAAGACCAACACAAACAGGAGGAUAAGUCUGAAACGGCAGCUGCAGCAGAGGAUGAAGACGAAGGAACUUCGGGGCAGCCUUCAUCGAAAAGACUGAAGGUGGAGCCAGAGAAGAAAAAGGAGAAGCGGCAAAAGGUUGAUGAGGAUGAAAUACAAAAGAUGCAGGUGUUGGUGUCAUCCUUCUCUGAAGACCAACUGAAUCGCUAUGAGAUGUAUAGGCGCUCUGCCUUCCCGAAGGCUGCCAUCAAGAGGCUGAUCCAGUCUAUAACAGGAUCGUCAGUGUCCCAGAAUGUGGUGAUUGCAAUGUCUGGUAUCUCGAAAGUUUUUGCCGGGGAGAUAGUUGAGGAAGCGUUGGAUGUUUGUGAGAAGUGGGGCGACACACCACCACUUCAGCCCAAACACAUGAGGGAGGCUGUGAGGAGGCUGAAGAGUCGCCAUCAGAUUCCCAACACCAAGUUCAAGAACAUUCUGUUCCACUGAGGACUAGGCUGAGAAACAGUAUUGACUACACUGGUGCUAAUACGAUGCUCUAUAGUCUACCAGAUGUUCCGUCAACAUUCAGUCUAAUUAUAAAGAUGUUAACCACCUGGUGACCAGAUAUGAAUCUGUACAGAUGAAGAAACUUUGAUCCACACAUGAUCAAUGACUUUGAAACGGUGGCAGCACCUGCCUUUCAUACCACAUUGUCAAUGUAAAUGCUCGAUGCAACAUUCAGUUUAAUGAUGGAAUAUUGUUGUAAAUACAGUAUAUUUUUAUGUAAAAAUGUUUGUUUUUUCCCUGAAGCAGAUUGUUUUGAAAAGUAGAAUUAUAAUACCUGUCAUAAAAUGACAAAAGACUAAGUAUAGUAGGGCUGUUAAAUUAUUUUAAUCCAAUUAAUCACAGCUAAGGAAUCAUUUCUAUUAAUCAUGAUAAAUUAGUUUUUAAUUUACAUUGUUUCAUUUUGGAUGAGCGGAAGGACUCAAGAACAAAGGGUAUAUGUAUGCACCUAACAUGAUUAUUAAACAUCUUUAUGUUAGUUCAUAACAAAACAAUCAUUUAUCCACAUUGAUGUGGACCUAAUACUCCUUUGUGGUAUUAUUUUAGGAUGAAAAGAAAGUCCUUCCUGCAGAAUGUGCACAAUGCUUUGGGUCAUGGGGUUUUUUGUACUUAAAUUUCCCCAUCAAGAGGAAAUUACCAAUGCAAUAGAUGUUAAAGAGUGGGCAUCUGCAGUGUUUAUGGACUUAAAAGCAGUUGACACAAUUAAUCAUAACAUCUUAAUUACAUAAUCUAGACCAAUAUGGCAUCAGCAGGGUUAGUCUUGAACUGGGUAAGAAGCUAGUUAUCCAACAUAAAGUAAUAUUUGAAGUUAAGCGGACACAUCUACUGCUCUGAAUCAGUGACGUGCAGUCAGGGGAGGCAGGUAAGGCAGGGCCUCACGUGCCAUCAUGGAAAGUAAAAAAAAAAAAAAAAAAGAA